CUCUCUCUCUUAAGUCUUAACCUUCACACUUAAAUACCCACAACACCUUCUUUCUCCUCUUUCAUAAAAACCACAACCCCAUCUCUCUCCCUCAAACAUAUCUCUCAAACCCAUCUCUUAAUCUCUCAACUGUCAACGAAGAAGAAAAGCGAAAAUGCGGAUGAGCUGUAAUGGAUGCCGAAUACUACGCAAGGGGUGCAGUGAGAAUUGUAGCAUCAGACCCUGUUUGCAGUGGAUAAAGAGCCCCGAAUCUCAGGCCAACGCCACCGUUUUCCUCGCCAAGUUUUACGGCCGCGCCGGGCUCAUGAACCUCAUCAACGCCGGACCCGAACACCUCCGACCUGCGAUUUUCCGGUCACUGCUCUACGAGGCAUGCGGGAGGAUUGUGAACCCGAUUUACGGAUCGGUCGGGUUGUUGUGGUCCGGGUCAUGGCAGCUAUGCCAAGCCGCCGUGGAGAACGUGCUGAAGGGCCAGCCGAUCACGCCGAUCACCUCUGAAGCCGCGGCCAGCGGGCAUGGCCCACCUCUCAAGGCAUACGACAUUCGACACGUGUCCAAGGACGAGAACUCCGCCGCGUCCAACGACCCCCAAAAGGCAAAGACGCGCUACCGGUUCAAGAGGUCCGUCGCGAAGCCCAAGCAGCCCAACAAGACCGGGUCGGGAUCCGGAGUUGAGGACGCGGCGGCCCGCUUUGAAGCCAAGCCGAACUGGACCAGCGACGAGUUCAACCGGUCGACGAGUCACGAGUCGUCGCUGAGUCACCAGUCCGAGGCUGCCAACGUGGACGGCGACAGCAAGGAAACCGAGAGCAUGGUUUCCUCAGAGACGGCCGAGGCUUCGCUGUUGUUCCGAGCCGAGCCGGAGUCAUCGGCUCACAAGCGAACCGCGCCGGUUCAGGAAAACGAGUUAGGUCUGGAGCUGACUCUUGGAUUCGAAUCGUCAUCUCGUGCUCCCCACGUGGUUCCAGUCAAGAAGAGAAGGGUAGACGCCUCUGGGUUCUGCGGUGGGUCGUCGUCUGGCGACGGCGACGGCGACGGCGCGUGUAAAGUGGAGCUGGGCCUUGCUUGAGCAAAGUAACUGAAAAAGAAGAAAGAAAAAGAAAAAAAUAGGUUCCAGUUUUGACGGCUGAUAUCGGCUCGUUGUUCAAAUUAAAGAGAUCCUGACCCUUCCUUUUGCGUAGUACUACUUUUUUGAGUUGUAUUAGUCCCUAGUUUUGCGUCGAUUUUACUUUUUUUUAACCCUUUUGUGAAGCAAGCGAUGUACAAAUGUGGGUUUGCACAUACAGCAGGUCAGCAGGAAAUGGUAAAUGAAAAGCGGGGGACAAAAAAUCUUGGUUGGAUCUA